UUUACAGCUGGACGCCGGAAGAGGGCGGGCUUAAGAUGGCGGCGCCCUCAGGUGCCCAGAAGACCCGCUCAUGUCGGCAAACGGAGCGGUGUGGGGGCGCGUGCGGAGCCGCCUCCGCGCCUUCCCGGAGCGCUUGGCGGCCUGCGGGGCCGAGGCUGCGGCGUACGGCAGGUGCGUGCAGGCCUCCACGGCCCCCGGCGGCCGCCUGAGCAAGGACGUCUGCGCGCGGGAGUUCGAGGCCCUGCGGAGCUGCUUCGCCGCCGCGGCCAAGAGAACCUUGAAGGGAAGUUCCUAGGAAGGACCCUACACUCUGACCUCCGUCCACCACCACUGGAUGGCACACAGCGAACACUCUUGGGGCUAGAAGGGGUGGGAGCAACGAAGUUCUUGGGUGUUGGAGCGUGUUUCUUCUCAACAGGUUGAACCUUGGGUGGGCAGGGACUUAUUAUAUGUAAAGAUCUGGGUUAGGUUAAGAUGUAGUCAAGCCAGCAACAAAAACUAUUAAAUCCUGCAGCUUCA